CUUGAUGACCAUGUCGUCCUUAUCCAUGGCGACCUCUCGACGCUCGAGCGUGUGCGCAGCGUUCUUGGGUCACGCGCACUCGAAAAGACACAGUGGCGGCGCCUCCAGUUCGUCGUUAUCAUCCCUGGCAUCUUUCAUGGAGUGAUGGCCUGUACGGAUGGUAUCUGGCGGACUUACCUCAAGGACAAGCGGUCACAUAUGGACCCAAGCAGUACGUUGCAUCACGCAGGCAUCUUCCGGCCUCAGGACACAGGAAAGAUGAAGAAGAACCCACCAUUUCGUAUGGUGCAUGAUUUGAUCAAGCAUGACAGUGUUGCACAUCGAUUAGACAUCUGGCGUGCCGAGGUUUCCUGCAGGCUUCCCGAGUCGAACACCCUUGAGAAGUGGGCAGAAACGAAACCCAAUUGGGAUAACAUUGUUACCAUGUCGGAGUGUAUGGUCAUGCGGUAUGUUGCGCAGCCGGGCUUCAAGCGGCAUCCAGACACGAUUUGUCGUGACAUUGUCUUCGAAAACAGUCAGCUUCGCCAGCGUGACUACCUUCUCUACGAAGAGACAACGUACGCGAUGAACCACGGAGACAUAGGGCGAUUAGAGACCUGCUUCGUAACUUGGAUAUAUAUCUGGAAAGCGACAGGCAAGAAUAAGUAUGCGACAUACCUCGGUGACUUCAUCAAGGACGUCCACUUUGUAUACCCCGAACGCCUCCGUCGUGCAAUCCGUCUCAAUUGGUUGUGUAACCUGCGAGGAUUGCCAGAUACGUUCCGUGCGAUUGAUUGGGUUGUAGAGCUCAAUAACCUGUACACAAAACAUAUCCAUGGCGGCGAGUUCUCGAACCGGACCCUCGACUACCUACUCAAAGAAUCUGGGCUCAUCGAUAUUUACCAGAGAUCUCAAGUCAACAUCUCCGACAACUUCUGUAUGACAAACUGUACCAUCAAUCAUGCGAAACCGAACAUGGUCGAGACAUACAAGAAGGUCUGCAAUCAUAUGACAGCAAAUCAGACGCACGAGCAUGUUGCAGGAAGGACAGAAUUGUACGAGGUGAAGGACAAGCUACGGGAAGGCUUUGGAAUGAUACAGAAGCGGAAGCAUACUAGCAGGCGCAUCAGGAAAGCGUCACCGUGUCUAACUUGUCCUAACCCGUCUAGCCCACCUAACUUGUGCCUAAUUCAUCUCACUGUCUAA